AGCCUGUUUCUUUCUUGUGCCUCGCAAUCGUCUGAUCAUCUAUUAUUGCCUCUCUCUUACCGCCUCCUCUGAUCCCUUUUCUCUCCACUCGUCCUCUUUCUCUCUCUCUCUGCCUUUUCUCUCUGAUCCAUUUAUCCAUAAAGCCUCAAGACGGCUCCUUUCUUUUUUAUUAAUAACUUAGGAACACCUCUCUCUCUCUCUGCCCAGUACUGUUGCAGAGAGUAAGCUAGCUAUACUUUGCAAUACCUCUUAAAAAAAGAAUUUUUAGCUUCUAUUGUUCGGUAUUUGUUGAAGAAGAUUUUGCCAUGCAAAUGGGUUUUUCAUGUCAAGCUUACAGUGCUAAGUAAAACGGAUUUUUUUUCUUUGAAUAUUAAACAGCCAAGACAGAGAGUCGAAGAAAAAGAAAAUAUGUUGGAUCUCAAUGUUAAAAUCCUCUCCAGUACUUCACUUUGUGAUGAAAAGGUGGAGACGUCAAUGGAAGUGGAGAAGCUCCCACCGGGCUCAGGAACACAAAUGGAAGACUCGGGGACUUCCACCUCCUCCGUUGUCGAAGAAGCUCCAAACAACCGAGAUCAUGAAGACUCUUCCAAUAACUCCUAUGAAUUCAUCUUCGACAUCUUGAGAAAAGAAAAUCACGGUACUGCCGGUCCCACUAAGGAGGUCAAAGACGAAAACCCGACAUCGGAACUCGUUACUCGACCCCUUUUCCCGGGCACCGGCGAAACAGUAGGCGAGGAGUCUGAGUUAGGGUCAGGGUUGUCGUCGAGGCCUCAAUGGUUGAACUUGUCGUUUUCUGUCUUGGGUGGUCAGGCCGAGCCGAGAAUUUUGCAGCAGAAGCAACAGCAGGUGAGGAAAAGUAGGCGUGGGCCGAGGUCUAGGAGUUCGCAGUACCGGGGCGUUACGUUUUACCGGAGAACCGGGCGAUGGGAAUCACAUAUCUGGGAUUGUGGGAAACAAGUAUAUUUAGGUGGGUUUGACACUGCUCAUGCCGCUGCUAGAGCAUAUGAUCGAGCUGCGAUUAAGUUCCGUGGAGUUGACGCUGAUAUCAAUUUUGAAAUAAACGAUUAUGAGGAAGAUAUGAAGCAGAUGAUGAAUCUGACGAAGGAAGAAUUUGUACAUCUUCUUCGUCGCCACAGCACAGGAUUCUCUCGACGGAGCUCAAAAUACAGGGACAUGACCCAGCAUAAAUGUGGUCGAUGGGAAGCUCGUAUGGGACAAUUCAUGGGGAAGAAGGCCUAUGAUAUGGCAGCGAUCAAAUCGAAUGGAAGGGAAGCAGUGACCAACUUUGAGCCAAGCACCUAUGAAGGGAAGAUAACUGCGGAUGACAAUAAUCAAGGAAAGCCAAUCCACAAUCUGGAUCUAAGCCUUGGGGUUUCUAACAGAUCAAAGGGGAAGGACAGUGGGGUCGAUCUUCAUUUUCAUUGCAACAGAGACAGAUUACUGGGCAUUAGGGCCACAGAGAAGACAGAUGAAACUGUUUCUUCUCCAAGAUUUGCAAACUGGGCAUGGCAAAUGCAGAGUAAUGGGAUUGUUAGUGCAAUGCCAAUAUUGUGGUUAAAAGGCUAAGGCCUUAUUUGGUUAUGCAGUUCAGAUGAGAUGAGAUAUUUUGUUGAAAGUUAAAUAAAAUGUUAUUAUAAUAUAAUUUUUAUUUUGAGAUUUUAAUUAUUUAUUAUAUUUUGUGUGGAAGUUUAAAAAA